AGGGAAGUGCCCGUUUUGAGACAGGGUUUCUGCAGGUCCCUGGAGGGGGAUGGCACGCGGGGCCGCCCAUGCUCUUCCGAGAGGGCUCCUCGUAAAAAAAGCUUGGCUCUUCCUCGCCCUCCUCUCCCCCCUUCCCGCUCCGCCGUCCCCGCUCCCCGGCUCUCCCGUCCCCCCUUCUUUUCUCCCUAAUUUUCUUGACAACUAGAGGAGGCAGCAGGAAUAUUGUACCUGAUGGACAGAAUGACGGAAGAUGCUCUGCGCCUGAACCUCUUGAAACGGAGCUUGGACCAAGCAGAUGAUCGGGAUGACGUCCUGGCAAAGAGGUUGAAAAUGGAAGGACAUGAGGCGAUGGAGCGCCUGAAGAUGCUGGCACUGCUGAAGAGGAAAGACCUCUCGGGCAUUGAGGUGCCCCACGAGCUCCCGGUGAAACAGGAUGGUGUGAAAGUCUAUGAAGAAAAGCUGAAUGGGAGCCUUAGGCCCCAUGGGGAUGGCAGGACUGCAGGGAGGCCAGGGAAGGAAAACAUUAAUGAUGAGCCGGUGGAUAUGAGCGCAAGGAGAAGUGACCAGGACAGGGGACGAUUAACCCCUUCGCCAGACAUAAUUGUCCUCUCCGAUAACGAGGCAUCCAGUCCCCGUUCCAGCUCUCGUAUGGAAGAAAGACUUAAGGCAGCAAAUCUUGAAAUGUUCAAGGGUAAAAGCAUAGAGGAGCGACAGCAGCUGAUCAAGCAGCUUCGGGAUGAGCUACGGCUGGAAGAGGCCAGGCUUGUGUUGCUGAAGAAACUGAGGCAAAGUCAGCUGCAAAAGGAGAACGUGGUACAGAAGACUCCAGUUGUCCAGAAUGCGGUGUCUAUUGUCCAGCCAUCUCCUGCUCACGUGGGACAGCAGGGACUGUCCAAGCUUCCCUCCAGGCCUGGAGCUCAGGGGGUUGAGCCUCAAAACUUAAGGACAUUACAGGGUCACAGUGUCAUUAGGUCUGCCACAAAUACGACCCUGCCCCAUAUGCUUAUGUCGCAGCGCGUGAUUGCUCCGAACCCUGCCCAGUUACAAGGGCAGCGGGUUCCUCCUAAACCUGGCCUCAUCCGCACUACAACUCCAAGCAUGAAUCCAGCCAUCAACUACCAGCCGCAAUCAAGUUCUUCUGUUCCUUGCCAGCGUACGUCGUCUUCAGCCAUCUAUAUGAACCUUGCCUCUCACAUCCAGCCUGGCACUGUGAACAGGGUGUCGUCUCCGCUCCCCAGCCCCAGUGCUCUGAACGACGCCGCCAACUCCCAGGCAGCCGCCAAGCUUGCCCUGCGCAAGCAGCUGGAAAAGACGCUGCUGGAGAUCCCACCCCCGAAGCCGCCCGCUCCCCUGCUGCAUUUCUUGCCCAGCGCAGCCAACAGCGAGUUCAUCUACAUGGUGGGGCUGGAGGAGGUGGUGCAGAGCGUUAUCGACAGUCAAGGUAAAAGCUGCGCCUCCCUCCUGCGUGUGGAACCCUUUGUCUGUGCCCAGUGUCGCACCGACUUCACCCCUCACUGGAAGCAGGAGAAAAACGGGAAGAUCCUGUGCGAGCAGUGCAUGACUUCCAAUCAGAAGAAGGCGCUGAAGGCAGAGCACACCAACCGACUGAAGAACGCCUUCGUGAAAGCUUUGCAGCAGGAGCAGGAGAUCGAGCAGAGGCUACAGCAGCAGGCAGCCUUAUCCCCCACCGCAGCUCCGGCCGUCUCCAGCGUCAGCAAACAGGAGAACAUCAUGCGGCACCACACGCUCCGGCAGGCUCCGCAGCCCCAGAGCACUUUGCAGCGUGGCAUCCCCACCUCUGCCCGCUCCAUGCUUUCCAACUUUGCGCAGGCACCCCAGCUGUCGGUGGCGGGCGGUCUCCUCGGCAUGCCAGGUGUUAACAUCGCUUACCUGAAUGCUGGGAUCGGAGGCCACAAAGCGUCGAGUUUGGCGGACCGGCAGCGGGAAUACCUUUUGGAUAUGAUCCCACCCCGCUCUAUAUCGCAGUCCAUCAGCGGACAGAAAUAACGCCUAUUGACCGUCGUCCCCCCCCGCUUCCUUUUCCUCCCCACUUCCGUCGCAUGCAGUGCCUGUACUGGUGCCUACCGUACACGGGGGAAAACAAAACAAAACAAAAAAGACAAAAAAAAAAAAAAAGAAACAAAAACAAAUGAGAAAAGCAAAGAAACGAGAGAAAAAACAAACAAACAAACAAACAUUUCAAACCUUCAGCGACCUGUCCUUUUUCCAAACCUUAACUUCUUUGGUUUUCUAGAGCAGUGAGAGGUCACUUCCUUUGCCCGAGGUCAGAACAAUGUCUGCUUGAAAUCAGCACUCUACAUGUGUUAAAGCUUGUUUUAUGCUAUUUUUUGUAAUGACAAAGCAUAGAAUUUUUAAUUGUGUUGUGGUUUUUUUUUUCCCCCCUUUUUUUCUCUGUUUUUCCCCCCCCCCCUUCCUUUGCUAAACGGAUGGUUAAACCUUUUUUUCCCUUUCCAGAGACUUUGUAAGGGCAUCCACUCGACAUUAAGUGACCGUUAUUGUUUUUUAAAGGGCAGCCUAAGCUGACUCCCGGGGGAAGCGGGGGCGCAGAGAUGCGAUGGGCCGGACCCCGCCGCCCGUGGCAGGGUGCUACGGUCCCCUCGGCCCGGCAGAAGAAGUCAGGAGACGCCGACUGCGACGCCUCGGCUCCCGUCUCUCCCCGGAGGAAGGGAGCCCGGUUUGGUGAGGAGCCGGUGCCCGUCGGCGGCGCCGGCAAACCCCGCCGCGACCGACCCGAGGAGCCCGGCGGGGCGCAGAGGGGCGUCGAUGCCGCCCGGGGAGCCCCCUCCGGCGCGGGGCGGCGCGGGGCGUGCCGGCGUCGGCGCUUCUCGGCGGGCUCUAGAGCGGACUGCGAACGACCGGUGGCCUCGGGCGCGGUGAGUCCCCCCUCCGCUCCCCUCCGCGCUCUUGCAUGCUCCGGAGCCGCUCUCGGUGGUCGGCGGCACGCGCGGACGACGGGGACGGCACCGCGCUCCCCCACCCCCCCGCGGCACCCGGGCUCCGGCCGGCGGUUAACGAACCCAAAGCAAGAAAUAAGUCGCGAAAAGUCGUCUGAGAAACGCUCUAUUUGCACUUAACCUUCACACUAACGGGCCCUCCCCUCCUCCUCCUCCUCCUCCUCCUCCGACACCAACCCUAGCCAGUGAAAAUCGCGCCCCGGCUGCCGGAGAGACCCCGGCAGAGCCGUCCCCGCGCCCCCCCCGUCCCCCCGCCUCCGCCUCGGCGCCCAAAAUCACCCAACACCGAGCGUCCGCGCGGGGGGGGGGGGGGGAGGAGGUUUUGCUGCUCCCGGGGUUUCCUGAGAGUUUUCUCAUUGUUUAAAAUUUUUUUUUUUUAUUAAUUUCUUUUUUUUUUUUUUUUUUUAAUCCCCCCUCCCCCAAACUGCCAACAUUAACAUUUUCUCGUGCAAUUCGGAAGCGCCAGCUCGCCCCUGGGGACCCGCGCGACGGGCGGGAGGGGGACGCGGCACCCCAGGAGCCCCCCCGGCCGCCGGGGACGAGGCGCCUCCUCUCCCAAAAUGCCACCCCGCGUGUGGGCGGGGAGGGGGGACCCCCCAGCCCCCAGCAGCCCCCCCCUCAAUUCAAUGAGCACUUAACCCCCGAAGGGUCUGGGUGCCCCAAACCCCCCCCCCGGGGCCCUCCAGAGGCAAAAGGAUUUCUCUUUUUUUAAUUUUUGGGGUUUUUUUGGAAGCUGGUGAAGCGUAGGGACGUGUAUAUAUCCGCAUAUAUUUUUUUUGUGUGGUUUUUUUUUUUGUUUUUAAGGCUUUUUUUAGCUGGCUCCCCUCCUCCACGCCCCCCCCCCAGGAUGCUGAGACCCUUUUCAAAUCUUUUAUUGCCCCGUUUCCACGGGAGCGCUUUGACAAAUAUAUAUAUAUUUUUUUUUUUCUUUGGCUAAACCUGAAUUUUUGAUUAUUUUAGGGGAUUAUUUGGGGUUUUUUUUAUCGGCUUAUCCUUCACACACACACACACACCCCCAAGGGCCCUUCGAGCCCCCCCCCCCCCAACCCAGUCCCUCGCUCAAGUGCCAUUCUCCCCCGUCAGGUGUUACCGAGAGGUACGAGGUGACCUGGGCGCAUGGGUUGAGAUUAAAUUAUAAAAUUUUUUUAAAAAAUAAAAUAAAAAAAAAAAGGCAAAAACCCCACAAAAAAAAAAACCCUAUGAAAAAAGACAAAAAAUAAUAAAAAACCACAAAAAACACAAACCAAGUGCAAUACUUAAAGCCGAGUCUCUCCCGCCGGGGGGGGGGCGGGCGGAGGGAACCGGUGGAGAACAAGAUGCCGACUUCAUGGUGCUACAAGUGAAACCCAGCCCCGGGGACGGGGGGACCCAGGUUUUGCCCACCCCCACCCCCAGUUCCUUGGAGCUGGCCGGGGAGGCGGGCGGUUCGAUGGGGCCGGGCCAGGGCGGGCGCCUCGGCCCCGGGGUCUGCAGGCAGUUUCCCCCCCCCACCCCACCCCCCCCAAGAAAAUAUGACCCCCCCAAAAGCGCGGGUGGGGGCUGCCGAGCCCCGUUUUGCUCCCUGGGGGUCCCGUGGAGGGAGCGGCGGCGGCCCCGGGGCCCCCCCUGAGGCUUCGGCUCUGACCUGCGCAGGUUUAACAGGUUUUUUUUUUAAUUAUUAUUAUUAUUAUUAAUUUUUUUUUUGGCUUGAGCCCCGCCCCCCGCCCCAGGGACGUACGGUAGAAAACUCAAAUCCUCUUUUUUUUUUUUCCCUGGAUACAGAAAUAAGGAUUUCUUUCCCGCUUUCCUUCGCAUUUCUUUUACAGCUAGGGUUAGAUCCGCUUGUGAAAACGCUUUUAUUUGGGGGGGGGGGGGUGUUGGGUUAUUUUUUGUGUGUGUGUGUGGUUGGUUUUUUUUUUUUAUUUGUUUGUUUGGUUUUUUUUGGUUCCUCCAAAGGCAUAACCCAUUCCUCCUCUAACCUCCCUCCGGCCUCGACCCUUCAUUAGCUUACGAUAUCGCUGCCGAAAUGUUAUAACAAGGACUCAUUCGUGUAUAUAAGCUAUUUCUUGACACAUUAAAAAAAAAAAAAAAAAAAAGGAAAAAAAAAAAGAAGAAAAAGGAUAAAAAAAAAUUAAAAAUAAAAAAAUUGUACAUUGUGUAGAAAAAAAAAAACAAAACAAAACAAAAAAAAAACAAAAAAGAAAAGAAAAGAAAACAAA